GAAGAGAAGUGUCAAAAUAGUAGCACUGGCCAGAACUGAAGAAUACUAACAAAUAUCUGCAGUGUUUUAUUUAAAUAAGCUUGAGAAAAUUGUACUAAUUCUUUAUGAACAAACUGUGCGAACUAGAAGUUUAAACAAAUAACUAGAUUUUGCCUAACUGCAAUUGCUGAAUCAUCGACCGUUAUUCAUUCUCAAGUCUACAAACCAAAUUUAUAUUGAAAAGAGGCAAUUUACUUUAUUGAACUUGAAAAGUUUGCAAUUUUGGGCAAUAAAUUGUCGCCACCGAUCGCUACGCUGGGAAAAAUUAUGAACUUGUGCUCUUCUGCUGGCGCGACUGCAUCCACAUCCUCAUUGGCAUCGGUAGACGGAGCUACUAUUGGCGGCCAUUCAAUCGCAAGCGGCAGAAGCGGCGGUGGAGGUGUCUUGACCACACAUUGUUUCGGCAGCAGCAGCAAUAGCAGCAGUAGCUGCGCCGCAGCUAUAACGACGAGUCUCACAACUAACCAGACGCAUAGCGGCAGUGGCAGUGCCUGUGGCGGCGGAGCCAGUAGCAGUAACGUUGGCAACAACAACGAAAUGCCACCGGAAACACGUCCCAAGGUGGUGACAGUUAAACACCCCGAAUCUAACAAACCUAAACCAACGACGAAGAAAAGUAAGCCUAUACAAGCUGAUCAGGAUGUUGUUAAAGCACUUCAACGUUGUCGCGAAGAAGGCAUUAAACGUUUGGAUUUGAGUAAGUCGUCCGUCACAGUUAUACCAACAUCAGUGAAGGAGUGCAUUCAUCUCACAGAGCUUUACUUGUAUAGCAACAAAAUCAGUCAACUACCUACUGAAAUAGGGUGUUUGAUUAAUUUAAAAACACUUGCAUUAAACGAAAACUCAUUAACUUCGCUGCCAGAGUCAUUACAAAAUUGCAAGCAGCUUAAAGUGCUUGAUUUGCGGCACAAUAAGCUCGCUGAAAUCCCCUCGGUCAUAUAUCGCCUACGUUCGCUGACCACACUCUAUCUGCGUUUCAAUCGCAUUAUAGCCGUGGCAGCCGAUAUUCGCAACUUAACUAAUUUGACAAUGUUGAGUUUGCGGGAAAACAAAAUUAGAGAGCUGGGUCCUGCGAUUGGUGCAUUGGUAAAUUUGACUACUUUAGAUGUGUCUCACAACCACCUGGAACAUUUGCCCGAGGAUAUUGGUAAGUGCGUAAAUUUAAGCGCACUGGAUUUGCAGCACAACGAACUCCUGGAUAUACCAGAAACAAUUGGCAACUUGAAAUGUUUGGUACGUCUGGGCUUGAGAUACAAUCGCCUUUCCAGUAUUCCAGCAUCACUUAAAAAUUGCAAAUGUAUGGACGAGUUUAAUGUCGAGGGUAACGGUAUAACGCAAUUGCCUGACGGUCUCUUGGCUAGCCUUGGCGCCCUCACCAAUAUUACACUAUCGCGCAACUCUUUCACCAGCUAUCCGACCGGUGGGCCUGCACAGUUUACUAAUGUGUACAGCAUAAACCUUGAACAUAAUCGUAUUGAUAAAAUACCAUAUGGCAUAUUCUCACGCGCCAAAGGUCUCACAAAACUCAAUAUGAAGGAGAAUGUGCUUACUGCGUUACCACUAGACGUGGGCACUUGGGUCAAUAUGGUUGAACUUAAUUUGGCAACAAAUGCAUUACAGAAGUUGCCCGAUGACAUAAUGAACUUACAAAAUCUUGAAAUUUUGGUGCUGUCCAACAAUAUGCUCAAAAAGAUUCCGAAUACCAUAGGUAAUUUGCGUAAAUUACGUAUACUUGACUUGGAGGAGAAUCGCAUAGAGGUGCUCCCUAACGAAAUUGGACUGUUGCAUGAGUUGCAAAAGCUAAUUUUACAAACAAAUCAGAUCUCGAUAUUACCGCGUAGCAUUGGCCAUCUAAGCAACCUGACACAUUUGUCAGUGAGCGAAAAUAAUUUACAGUACCUGCCGGAAGAGAUUGGCUCACUUGAAAACCUGGAAAAUCUAUAUAUCAAUCAAAAUCCUUGCUUAGAGAAGCUUCCCUACGAGCUGGCCCUCUGUCAAAACCUAAAAUAUCUAAAUAUUGACAAAUGUCCUUUGAGUACUAUACCACCCGAUAUACAAGCCGGGGGACCAUCGCUGGUUCUUCAAUGGCUGAAAAUGCAUUCCCCCUACAGGCAGAUGUGAGUGAACAGUGGUGAAGAUCCUGCCGCUCAGUGGCGUACACUUUAUAUGAGUAAUGACUGCUACUUGGAGUUUGAAUUAGAAGAGGAAGCAGAAACACACCGACACUAACAACGUCGGGCUUGGAAAUGCACUAUCAGUUGAGAUGAAUAGUUGAAAAUGUUCGGUAGUGCAUUUCCGACAAUCGUUGGCAAUGCAAACAAAAAGAAAAAACAAACCAAGAAAUAACAUAACGACUAUUAAACGAAACAUACAAACGACGAAUAUAGUGAGUAGUGCAUUGCAACUGCAACGCGCAUCCCUCACGCUACCAUUAAAAACGAAUUGUAAACAAUAUUUUUGUUGUAAAAAUUAUGUUAAAAUUGUGUGAUGGUGAAACAAAAAAAUAGCUUUAAAAAUGCUUCAGAAAUCGAUUAUUUAGUUGCAUAAAGAUGUAUGUACAUACAUCCAUACAUGACUACAAACGAACAUACAAAAUAAAAUACAAUUGUGUGAAAACAUUAAAAAAGAGAAAUUAUGUUAAAUGCUUAUAAAUGUUAUGAAACGUGUUGCUGUUAAUUAAAAAAACCAAGAACUUUACUGCCCAAAUUAUGUUACAUAUUAGAUUGGAAUGUUGGAGGAAGUAUGCAAAACUAAAUUUUCGAGAUGACAGCUGAAAAUUAAGAUUGUUCGUACAUAUUUAGAGAUACACAAAUUUGCGGGCAUAGUACUCGCUUGCUUGUGUAUAGAAAUAUUUGUAAUUUGGAAUAAGAAGUUGUAUUUGUCAAAAAAUAAAGCAAAGAUUCAUGUUUUUUUUUUGUCAGCAAGCAGCUGAGAACUACCCUAUUCAUGAGGGUAUUAGCGGCAAAAAAUUACAUGUAAACGUAAACAUACAUUGAAAAAAUGGAAUAAUUAUAAAUGUAAUAAUGUGUGAAGUGUUCUGUACCACUAAUUUUUGUAUUCAUGAUCAAAAUUUUAUCUUAUACGCCUAUAUACGAAAUGUUCAAAUCAAAAUAUCCAUUUCAUUUAAAUUACUUCAAAUCGACAAACCGAACACAAAAAAUUCUAGUCAUCAUUCAUUCUAAGUUGUUGCGAAACUGCUUAGCCGAAAGCAUUCGAAAUUUCCCUGGUUAUUGAUUAAAUGCCAUUAUUUUUUAAUAAAAUUUCAUAAUUUUAAAGGAAAUGCUUACUUAUUCGUAAUUAUGUAAAUUUUUCAUAAUUUAAAAACAUGAACUUGAUAAAACACAUAGAGUUUAGUGAUUAUUAUGUGCCCCUAUCGAGUUCGUGGAAGCAAAGUUUUCUCCAUAUUUCGGAUUUUGAGGCAUAAGAAGAUUCAAAUAUAUAUGUAUUAAAAGAUACUAGUAUGAUUUCAGUUAUUAUUUAGAUUUUAUACCAAUUGACAUCUCUCUGUUAUGAAAUUCCAGCAUUUUUUACUGAUUUAAGCUUGAUUUUUCAAUGCUUACCUUUUACCUUUUGUAUAAAUAUUUAUAUAUAUUAAAAUAAACAUUUUAUAAAGAAAUAAACAUUAUACUUACAUUUAUGCAUAAUAA